AAGUGCAUCACUCCCCCCGUAGUUACGUUGAUUCAAGAUGGCCGCUCAAAGACUUGGAAAGUUGUUGCCCAAAACAACCGCGUUUUUCUUAUGCGAUAUGCAAGAAAGUUUUCGUUCGUCUAUAAGAUAUUUUCCAGAAGUAAUCCAGGUUGCAAAACGCAUGGUAAGGUUGCUUUAAUAUUCUCUCUUGUUGAAAUAAAAUUUGAUUCUUUUGAACAAAUUUUGAAAUUUUAUAUGCAUACAGUGCUGUAAAUAUUUAUGGUCGCUACGUAUUACUAUAUAAAUGAUUGUUUGCAUUUGUAGGUUGAAACUGCCAAGAUAAUGGAUAUUCCAAUGAUAGCUACAGAGCAGGUAGAAAUUUAAUACAUGUCAAAACCUUAAAACUGUGAGCACACUGUGAAAUUUCACCUGGCAAAAGCAAGUACCAAACAGGCCACUUUAGCUAUAGAGCCUCAUUUUCAUGUAUGUGACAUCAGUUUAUAGUCCAUGUCUCGGUCAUGAAAACAAGGCUUUAUAGCCAAGGUGACAUACUCAAUGCUUUACGGAAGCAUGUAUUCUAAGGCAGAUGGAAUUAAGGUAUCAGUUUACCGUCACUCGCCCGCAUGGGUUAUCAGGAGUCGUGUGAAAAUUUUCAUUUGAUUAAUUAUUUUUCAUCAUUUGAUUAUUUUUCAUUAGUUGUCUUAUUUUUAUACAAAGUGCUUUAUAAAUUUGUUUUCUCUUGAAAUUUUGCAAGAAUAUGGUCUGUAAUUAUACUUUUGAAAUAUAUCCUACAAUGGACUAUAUAGUGUUUGCCAAUAAAAAAAUUCAUAAAAAAAUUUCCCAAAAUUUCUUGAAUUUUCAGCCAAAAUUUGUCAAAUUUGACGCCUUUAAAAUGGUGAAUAAUGAAGAAAAAAACCUCAUCAACUUUUGAAAAUUUAGGUGACGGUAAACUGAUACCUUAAUUCCAUAGGUGUAAGAAUAGGCUUUCUGAAGAACGAAGCAAUAUUUUUGCUCUGUAAAGCAGUUCUUACAAAUGAAGUCAUUAAGCUAUUCCAAAAAUUACAUUUAAUUUCUUUAUUGAUAUCUUCAUAGUACCCAAAAGGUCUUGGCAAGACAGUAAAUGAAAUUGACAUGACUGGCAUUACAGCUUAUCCUAAAACAGUCUUCUCGAUGCUCAUUCCCGAGGUGGAGGAGAAACUGAAAGAGUUGUCAGAUGUAAAGUCCAUCGUGUUGUUUGGAAUUGAGGUCAGACAUGAGAUAUUUGAUAAACUGCUAUGUUUAAGCUACCUCAUAAAAGUAAAAACACUUCAGGAUUUCAAGCAAAGACCCUAGCUUCAUUGAUCUGUAGGCAUUAACCUCUAGCUUGUGAUUGACCGAUAAUGGACAAUUUGCAUUAUAGACUAAAUUUUGAUCUAGACAAAAAUUUCAUCACAGCAUGAAAGAGCAUCACAAAAUUAGUAAUAUUCCAAAGUUUCGUUGCAAAAUGUUGUAAAAUGCAGAUAAUAUAAAUAUAGCCUUGCGAAGUUUGCCGUUUUUCAGUCAUUUUGUAUUACGCACAUCAAUUUCGCAUCAAAAUUUUUUGUUAUUUCACCAGGCUCACGUCUGUGUCCAACAAACAGCUCUGGAUCUUCUUGAACGAAACUAUGACGUCCACAUUGUUGCCGACGGUGUUUCUGCUCGAAGUAUGACAGACAGAAUGUUUUCCUUUGAGGUACGUUCAAAAUUUCAUAUUUUCACAAAAUUUCAUUGGACCUGUUUAAUUGGCUUUGAUAAAAAAUUUUAAUGUAUUUUAAUAUUUCAGCGUCUUCGUCAAAGUGGAGCAUUUAUCACAACAAGUGAGUCGGUUCUAUUUGGUUUACUUGGCAAUGCUAAACAUCCUAACUUCAAGGAAGUACAAGCGCUUGUUAAGACGUCAUCUCCAGAUUCUGGCUUAUUAUCAAAGGUUUAAUUAAAGUACUUUCAGGCAAUUAAGACAAGUGAUAAUGUACUGGCAAAUUUAUUUUUACAAUACAAAUAAUACAGUUUGACUCCAUACUGCAAAAACAAUGGAAAAAUAAUUACACCAAUGAACUUAGAUGAAUGUGACAAUUUGAUUGCUCCAGAAAAGAUCCACACUCCCCCCCCCCGGCCCUCCCCCCCCCAGGAAAUUCCUGCCCUCCGGGAGGGAGGAAAGAAAAAAUUGUUUCUGGUAAUAUUAAGUGUAUUAGGGCAUCUGAAAGGGAUAGGGGGAUUAAUUAACUUCCAAUUUCCUCCGUGGGGGUGGUAUGAAUGUUUCUGGAAUGACCCAAAUGUUAUCAGUGAUUGUAACAUAAUCUAGACUCAAUUUUUUUUUAAAUACAAUAUAAUUUGUAUUAAAACGUUAUGUUUAUAUAUAAUAAUAAAUACAGUGUUUUUAAUCUAUAUAACAAAAUGGUGACAACUAAAUUAUAUCAAUUUAACGUAAUAUUCUAGCAUGGAAUAUUUCUAAAUAAUUUCUUUUUUUUCUUUUUUUAUUUUUUUUAUUUCAAUGUCCAUGCAUGUCUGUGAGGUUCGUAAUACAGUUGUAUGCCAAUGAUUCAGGGCUUGAAAUAACAUUCUCAAAGUUCCCAAUCAUGGUGAUUGGCAGUCAUGACUUUCCCUGCUUUUUCAGGUUAGAAACCCUGCUUUUGUGCCGAUCAUAAGCAAUUUCUUGCUGAUCAUGCAUUGAUCAGUGAUCGGCUGUAAUUAUUUCAAGCCCUGUGGUUACAUGUUUUAUUUAACAUUGGGGGGUAGUUUCAAGUCAAGUUUGUGCUGUAGGGAUUAUUAUAGUAAGUUCAUGAGUGGUCUUAUUAAAUGUUGAAGUUGUCUCAUCUUCAUUGCCUUCUUGUGGUAGCUGUAGGUGAAGCUUGGAAUAUUUGGCUGAACACAACACAAGAUCUUGCUGAAAUAAUAAUAAUUAUAAUAAGAAUGAAAUUAUUCUUUUGUUUUUUUGGGAACACCAUGUACAUGAAAUUGUAAUGUUUCACUUAUAUCCAAGGCCAUAUUUUAGUCAGAUCACUUUAUAGU